AUGGAUGGAGACGCCAGCAACUUCCACCACCUGCUGUCCAACUUAAACCUCGACGCACCUGCCCUGCACGAGCAGUCAUCCUCUACUGCUCAUGCUCCCGCCCUCUCGCCCCGGGCCUCGUUGCCCAUCUAUGCUCCGAGCGCCGCCACCGCCUUAAAUUCGCUAUUUUCCUCUGGCCCCGCCGUUGAUUCGCCCCCGCCUCGCGCACAGCGUCCACGCCCGCGAGCAACCCGUAGCAUCACCUCGGCCCUCACCAUCACGCCCGCUUCGCACCGAGCCGACCCUUCGCCCGCCUCCUCGCGCCGUCCGCCCAUCUCCCGCGCCGAAAAGGAUGUCGACGACCCUACCACCCCCGUAGAGUCGUCGCGGUCUGCCGACAGGCGCGAGUUUCAGAAUCUGACCACGCUUAACAAGCUAUUUGCUGGCCCCUCGCCUAACACGUCACGUAUGUCAUCUUACAACCAGAUCAGACCUCUAGCUCAACCCGCCAUGGCCCUGGGCUCGGUCGGCGUCCACCUUUACCAGCGAGGUCUGCUCGAUGGCCGGCACUCGGACAUCACUGUUUGCGCUUUUGGCAAGAGCUACAAGUUACAUCGCCUGGUCCUCGACCAGGCUCCUUUUUUCAGCUCAGCCCUGUCAGGCCCUUGGCUCGAGAGCCACUCGAAGGAGAUCACCCUGCAUCCCGAAGAGAUAGACGCAUGCAUCACUCAGAACGCCUUUGAACUGACUCUCAAACGCCUUUAUGGAUGCGACAUCUCUGACGAGGAAGAUGCCGAGUGUCUGGGUCUCUUUGCGACGGCGUGCUGGCUGGACAUGCAAGACCUCGUUGACUCUAGCAUCGAUUCUAUCAUGCGGCGCAUGCAUCCCGACAAUCUCGGUCCUCUCAUCAAGCUCGUGACCAUUCAAUACUAUGGUCGCGCGGGUCAAAGGGUCUUGGCAUCCGCCAAAGCAAUGCUCUGCAGGGACGGUUGCGAGAUGACGCUGAGGAACUGGGACGAGAUUCCCGGCGAAAUUGUGCGUGAAAUCGUCGGUGGCGACGGCUUUUACGUGCAUGGGGAGUGGGAAAGAUGGGCCCUUGCCAAAUGCCUGCUGGACAGGCGUCUCAAGAAAGUGGCUGUAGAGCUGGGCAUUAUCAAGUCGACCAAGGUCCGCGGCGUCAAAGCCCCAGACACUCUUGCGCUGAUGGCUGUACGGUUCGACUCGGUUUACCGACAGAAUGCCAUUACCACUGGACUGUCCCGUCAAUCCCAGAACGAGCAAGAAUGCUGGAUUUCACUGUACACUCACCACGAGAUCGAGCCACUUCUUGUCUUGCUCGAAGAAGGCAUUCACUAUAUUCACCUUGACUUUGAGGAGCUGCAGUACAUUCGCCAAGCCCGCGACGUUUUCAACUUACCCAUAGUGUCCGAAAGGACCACCACGAAUGCUCUCUGGAUGCAGAUGGAGCUCCGCCAAAAGGUCACGGCCGCUGACCCGCAGGACAUGGAGCUUGGAUUGAGUCAAACAGCUGAGCCUGAACAGCCUCACAGGAUUGAGGCGUCGGCAGCAACGUCUGGCAAGGGCAAAGCGCCUGCCUCUAACGGCAACGCGAUUGAAAGCGAUGAUGAGGAGAUGGACUCUGGCAGCUGGGAUGCAAACGGCAAACCGCGCAAGUUUUGGAUUCCGUCUACUGACUGCAACAUUGUCAUGGGCGGUGCAGCUGAGCCCGUUGUCACGACCACCAGCUCCUCUCCACGACAUGCUUCGCGCCUAUCUGCGACGCUUCAGCCGGCCGACGCGCAGUGGGCGACUGAUUUCACCAUUUCACCAGACGCUGAUCGCAUACCAACGCCUCUACGGCCAGGCUCCGCCGGCAGGGACAACACAUCUCCGUUUAGAGGCAAGGGCGUCUCCUACACUAACUUCCCACCGUUCCGCUUUGCUGCCGAAUUUCCUAAUCCGCGCCUGCUAAAAGAGAAGAAACGCGUCUACUCGCGUACAGUCUUCUACGCCGGCUCGCUGUGGAACAUUUAUAUCCAAAAGGUUCGCUCGGCCAAGAACCCUCAGCUCGGAGUGUACCUCCACCGUGCCAAAGAAUACGCUACCGAUGACAGCAUUGGCACCAACUCGACCGGAUUUUCUGCAGCCUCGGUCGACGAGCGCAUAGGACAAUUAGAACGCGACAUGCUGCUCCGUAGCGGAAGCCAAAUUCACAGACGGCGUGGCAGCCGCAGCCGACGCGCUCAGCAAAUCGCAACGGCUAUGAUCGGUGUGGGCCCCGAGGAUGACAACGCCAGCAGCAGCGGUGAUCCGGACAUCAGCGUGAUGUCAGACAACUUCGCACCACAGCCCCGACGCCGCGAGGAGCCCGUCUUCACGACCAACAUGCCCGACUGGAUGCGCCCUCAGUUUUCAGACUCAAGCGAUGACGAGUCGGAUGGGGGUUCCUCGGACGAGGCGGCACCUAUGCUGCGGGGCAACAACGCGGCUUCAGAUUCCACUUCAAACCUGAACGACAUGUCCUCCUCCAAGUACUCGGAGUCCGGGACCACGAAAACAGAGCGACCGACCAUCCCCCCUUACAUCGAUGGCCGCCCGACUAUCAAGACGUACUUCAAGAUCUACUCGCCGUCGAAGGGCGGACGCUUGCUCUCGGUGUAUGAGUCGGCGCCCGACAAGUUCAAUUUCAGCCAGAGCUGGGGCUGGAAGAGCAGCACGCUGAUGCUGGAUGAUGCGACGGCAGGGACGGCAGCAGGCGCGGCUGGUGGUGCUGCAACGUCGGCGGGAGGCGAUGUGGAUGGCAUGCCGCCUUCUGGUGAAGGUGACGGGGGUGACAAUGAUGGUGGUAAUAGAGCAGGCGCUGCGGCGUGGAAGGAGCGUGGCUCGAGGAAGAAGGGCGAUGGGCUACUGAGGUUCAUGGUCGUAAUUGGGAAUCUGUGA